CUCAUCGGGGUUAACUUAUUAGCGGAGUUUUUCUGGCGGAGCCGCUCUGCUCUGACAUACAUGUGAGCGCCACUCGCCGCAGAGCCGAGUACGAAACUGUCUUUUCGUACUUCCUUCCUGUCGGCGAACCGUUGACACGAACGCACGCGCUCCUCAAACUGUGGAGUUUUAAACAGAAGCAAAAAUGUCGGGAAACAAGGAGAGCAGCGACGGCGGGUGGAGGAAAUUUAUGUGGAAUUCGGAAAAGGGAGAGUUUCUGGGAAGGACGGGAUGCAGUUGGUUUAAAAUCUUCAUGUUCUACCUGAUAUUUUACGGAUGCUUGGCUGGAAUUUUCAUUGGGACCAUUCAGGCUCUGCUGCUAACCCUGAGCAACUACAAGCCCACCUAUCAGGACAGAGUCGCCCCCCCAGGCCUGUCGCACACCCCCCGCUCAGACAAAUCGGAGAUUUCAUUCAAAAUGUCUGAUAACAGUACAUUUAAGAAGUACGUGGACAGCAUGAACGAACUUCUUCUAAAAUAUGACGAGGAUCGUCAGACAGCGCAGGGGAAGUAUGAAAGCUGUGGAGAAAAUCCAGACACAUACAAGGAGCAAGGCGGGCUGGAAGAGGGCAGCGGACAGAGGACAUCUUGCCGCUUUCUUAGAAAAUGGCUUGGAGACUGUUCUGGUCUGACUGACAACACCUACGGCUUCAAAGAGGGCAAACCGUGCCUUAUUGUCAAACUCAACAGGAUUGUCUUCUUUAGACCCAAGGGUCCCUCUAACAACUCAACGCUUCCAGAGGCUCUGCAGGGCAAAUCAUACAACAACCUGAUCCCCGUCUACUGCAAAAACAAGAGACCUGAGGAUGCAUCCAAGAUUGGAGAAAUCAAGUACUUUGGCUUCGGCGGAGGCUUUCCUCUGCAGUACUACCCAUACUACGGCAAGCAGCUGCAUCCCAACUAUCUGCAGCCCCUGGUGGCCAUCCAGUUCACCAACCUCACCAUCGGCGAGGACCUGCGCAUCGACUGCAGGGUAUUCGGAGACAACAUCGCGUACAGCGAAAAAGACCGUUAUAUGGGACGCUUCGACGUUAAGAUCACUGUGAACUCAUGACCUCGGCCGCGACGAGCACUUAACACUGAAAGCAACCUAAACCUAGUUAGUAACGAAGAAGUUCUGAUAAACACCACUAGUCUUUGAACAUUCAUAAUAUACAGGACCUACACCUAAUUCGUGUGCUUUACACCCGCUUAUCCGUGUUUUUGUCGCAAGUUAGAGAGUUAAUAACAAGAAUAGCAAUAGAUGAUAUUUAUUCUACUGUAAAAGAAAAUAUUCUUUGAGCCAUGGGAUGUUCGGUUACUGUAUAAAACUGCAAUUCCACUACUGAGAUGUAGCGAGUUGUGUUUUGUCCCCACCCAAGGUAUUGAUCCUCACGUCGUUUCCUCAGCCGUAGUCCUGUUGUAAUCUGUUUUAUGUCAGCUUUAGUGGUCCAAGGUGUGUGCGCGCUGCUGUCCGUGUGCAGGUGUGUUAAAUAUGAGUGCAUGGGGUUGUUGUCAGUACGUUUUAACUACAUGGUACUCUGAUUGCGCUCCGUUAAACCCUUCGGUUUUUUGUUUUGUUGCAUGUUCUGCAUUUGUACACAUGUGUCUCUUUUUAUCUGUCAGACAUGAUUUGACAUUUCUGUUUGAUUCUUAACGUUUGUUCAAGUUUUAAUCCGUAGAGUAGAGCAUUGCGGCUUCAUCCGCAAAGGCUGUCACCUCUAUGGAAACCAUGGCAACUCAGUGCUUUGAAAUCUGUUUUGCUGGAGACAUCACAAGAGUGUGAUGCAACUUUCUAUUAAAUGUUUUAGCCAUUUUUCACGAUGGAAUCAUUUUAUAUUUAUGCAGUUGUACAUUUUUUUUUCCAAAGUGUGAUGUUUGAAUCCAAUACCAAAGUUGCUGGUUUAGAACUUAGAGAAUAUCAGAGGCAUCGCAGUAUCCCGUGUAAUAACAUGCUUAGUUGGUGUGAAAAUACUUAAUUCAAUGUUUAAGAUCACAAAACCUGUCAGGAGUUCAUUCUGUCACUUUAUUUAAUCUGCAUAAGGCUGAAACAAUAAACAGAAAAAUGGAGA